UUUCGGGUAAAUGAGUUUGGAGCCCUGGAAGUUAUCACGGAUGAGAGUGAGAUGGAAAGUGUUAAAAAAGCAACUGCCACCACGACUUGGAUGGUACCGACUGCUCAAGAGGCCCCGACCUCUCCCCCGAGCUCCAGGCCCGUAUUUCCACCUGCCUACUGGACAUCUCCACCCGGAUGUCCCACAGUCUUUUCGGAGAAGACGGGGAUGCCUUUCAGGUUGAAGGAUCCAGUAAAAGUGGAGGGGCUUCAGUUCUGUGAGAACUGUUGUCAGUAUGGCAACGUAGAUGAGUGUCUUUCUGGAGGGAACUAUUGCAGCCAGAACUGUGCUCGGCAUAUCAAAGACAAAGAUCAGAAGGAAGAAAGAGACAUAGGUGAAGACAAUGAGGAAGAAGAUACUAAAUGCAGUCGGAAGAAAAAACCAAAAUUAUCUCUGAAAGCUGAUGCCAAGGAGGAUGGAGAAGAGAGAGAUGAUGAAAUGGAGAACAAACAAGAUGGAAGAAUCCUGAGGGGUUCGCAGAGAGCCCGAAGGAAAAGACGAGGCGAUCCGGCUGUACUAAAACAGGGUUUGCCUCCUAAAGGAAAGAAAGCCUGGUGCUGGGCAUCCUACCUGGAGGAGGAGAAAGCCGUGGCAGUGCCGGCAAAGCUGUUCAAGGAGUGUCAGUCCUUUCCAUAUAACAAAAAUGGAUUCAAAGUUGGUAUGAAGCUAGAAGGCGUGGACCCCGAGCAUCAGUCCGUGUACUGCGUCCUCACUGUGGCCGAGGUUUGUGGAUACCGGAUAAAGCUUCACUUUGAUGGCUAUUCUGAUUGCUACGACUUCUGGGUAAAUGCAGACGCUCUGGACAUUCACCCAGUUGGGUGGUGUGAGAAAACUGGCCAUAAACUCCACCCUCCAAAAGGGUAUAAAGAAGAAGAAUUUAAUUGGCAGACUUAUCUGAAGACGUGUAAAGCUCAAGCAGCUCCCAAGUCAUUAUUUGAGAAUCAGAAUAUAACAGUGAUCCCAUCAGGCUUUCGGGUUGGUAUGAAGCUUGAGGCUGUAGACAAAAAGAAUCCUGCAUUCAUCUGUGUUGCUACAGUAACAGAUAUGGUGGACAACCGUUUCCUGGUACAUUUUGACAACUGGGAUGAGAGCUAUGACUAUUGGUGCGAAGCGUCUAGUCCACACAUCCAUCCGGUUGGCUGGUGCAAGGAACAUAGAAGAAUCCUUAUUACUCCACCAGGUUAUCCAAAUGUGAAACAUUUUUCUUGGGAUAAAUACUUAGAAGAAACCAAUUCUUUACCUGCUCCUGCAAGAGCUUUUAAAGUGAAACCUCCACAUGGAUUUCAGAAAAAGAUGAAGCUUGAGGUUGUAGAUAAAAGAAACCCCAUGUUUAUUAGAGUAGCCACUGUUGCAGACACGGAUGAUCACCGAAUAAAAGUUCACUUUGAUGGCUGGAAUAGUUGCUAUGACUACUGGAUAGACGCAGAUUCUCCUGAUAUUCACCCUGUGGGCUGGUGUUCAAAAACAGGACAUCCUCUUCAGCCUCCUUUGAGCCCUGUGGAAUUAAUGGAGGCUUCAGAACACGGUGGAUGCUCAACCCCAGGUUGUAAAGGGAUUGGCCAUUUUAAGAGAGCAAGACAUCUGGGCCCUCACAGUGCUGCCAACUGUCCCUACUCAGAAAUCAAUUUGAAUAAAGACCGUAUUUUCCCAGACCGCUUAAGUGGUGAGAUGCCUCCGGCAAGUCCAUCAUUUCCAAGAAAUAAAAGAACAGACACAAACGAAAGCUCCUCAUCUCCAGAAAUCAGCCGAGGUCCAGAGAGACCCCGUGGGAAGCAUGCUGGCAAGACAGGUGGACUCCAGGCCUGUGUGUGCUGCUACAGCGGCCCCAGCCCAUCAUCUCCUCGCCUGUUCCAGGUGCCAGACAGUCCCGAAAGUGAACAAUGUGCUGGUGUUCUUUUUGAUCCAGAAGCUGAU